AUGACGGCUCUCCUCAACUUCAGCGCCAUGGUCCGCGUGCUGCUGCUGUUUACGUGCACUGUUACGUAUCUCAAGCCUUUCUUUCCGCAGCAGUUUCAGAAGAAGCUCUCCAAUAAGAACGAAGCUAGCGGAUUCACCAGGAUUAUUUACAUAGGAACAGUUGUAGGAGAAAGACUCUCUCCCUACAUUGCCCUGCUGUGUCUAUACUAUGCACUCGAGUGUAUUGUUGGGUUGUUUAUUUAA